AUGACGACAAAAGCCAACAUGUACAUCUACAAUGAUUUUUAUGCGUACGCAAUUCUGGACCUGGUCGACAAAAACCUUGCAACAUUGCACGCCAAGAUCAUCAAGAAAGACUGGGAUGAGGCCUACAGCAUUCUUGAAGGACUUUCCGUUUUUGCGGAAAUGGAGGGCACAUGGACGCAGUGUGACGACGGGGAGCGCGUGCAGGUUACGAACAAGGUUUAUGGCGCUUCUGCCGUCGCAGUCCUACGUGGCCUCCAGAAAGCUGGACGACUCAACCCCGCUGAAUUCCCGAGCUUGGAAAAUCUUCUCAAAACUAUUGCCUCGUUUGGGGAGAUGAUGGAGAGCUGUAGCUGCAACUCUGACUACGCGAAGUUGGCGAGGGCGAUCGCUAGACGUUUAUUCAAGGAUAAAACCGAAGAGGACCUCGCUCUAGAGAAGGCGCGUUUGAAUGAAUUCAUCGAAAGUAUUGAGGACAAGGAGGAAAGGGACGAAGUCAAGGCGGACUUGAAGGAAAAGGAGGAAGAGGAUGAUGACGAGAGCGAAAAGUUCUGGUUCAGAAAAGGCGAAAUUUGUGAUGAAGACGAGAAAGAUCCUGACUGGGUUCUGUCUCGGGUGUGGAAGGAGUACAAGUCCCAUCUCUCCUCCGUGCCGAGUGGGCCCAUGCGUGGACCUGGAUCUUGGGACAUCAACAAGUGGUCCGCCGCUCAGAAGAAGCCAUUUGAAUUUGAAAAGCAUGGUUCUGAAGAUGAGUUUUAG